UAUGUUUUAUAAAAGUAGGUCUUUUAUCAUAUGGUUGAUCUAAAUAAUUAAAUUUUUCAUCCAGCACGUAGCUCAGUUGGUAAAGUGUAAAGAGGUCAAGUUUAGAAACGUAUGGGGUGGUCUAGGGUUUAAACCAUGAAUGUGAAAGACACAACUUCUUGUACAUUGACCAAUUGAGGCACACAUUGCGACUUACCUCCUCCAAAAUGCUCGAAUGGCUGGACGGUGGCGCUUUGGGGCGAGGGUUUCACCUUUUAAAAAAUAAUUGACUUUAAAGCUUCAUCGUUUUUUAUUUUUUGUUUAACUUAUUCAUGAUCUGGUAAAUUAGAAUUCGUCAAACUAUUCUUGCAACAAUUUAUCUCUUAACCAUUAUGCCAAGACCUGAUUGGUUGCCCUUACAUACCUCGUUAAAUAUGCCAUUCUUCAAAUUCGUCUCCCAUGUUUGAUUCUUUGCUUUUGGCAUGUGAAGAUACCUUCAAAUUUAAAAGGAGCCGUCAAAUAUGGAUAGAGUAAAGUAUAAAAGAACACCGCCCAUUGGCCAAACCAAAACAAUUACCCCAUUAAUUUAAUUAAUUAAGGCUUAAUUUAUUAUCCCCUUUUUCCAACCAAACUCUUGUAUAAAAAUCCUCACUUCAAUUGGAUCUCACACCAAACCUUAACCAAUGCCACAAGAAUUAUAAUCAUUGCCAUAUUUUUCUCUCCUAAUUCAAAAGCUUUAGCUUGAAAUGAACUCAUCAUGGAUUCGAGGCAAGCUCAUUGGCCGUGGCUCCUCCGCCGCAGUCUCCCUAGCAAACACCGUUCCUAGUGGCGAAACCUUCGCCGUCAAGUCCGUCGAGUACUCGAAAUCGAGUACUCUACGAAAGGAGCAAGAAAUUCAUUCAAGGUUAAAAUGUGAUCAAGUUAUUGAGUACAAAGGGUUUGAUGUUACUAUUGAAAAUGGUAAGGUGUUGUACAAUAUUCUCCUAGAGUAUGCUUCUGGUGGCACGCUUGCUGACGUCAUUCAAACGAAAGGCGGCGGCGGUGGUGCAGGUGGAGGUGGUGGUGGUGGUGGCGGCGGUGGCAGAUUAAGCGAUCCGUUGAUGAGACGGUACACCGGAGAAAUUCUCUGGGGACUAGAGUACCUACAUUGUAAAGGAUUUGAUUCGUCCGUGACGGAGAUAGGUGGGACCCCCUUGUACAUGGCCCCGGAGGUGGCACGUGGCGAGCAACAAAGUUACCCGGCAGACGUUUGGGCAUUGGGUUGUACCGUUUUUGAGAUGGCUACCGGGGUUAGCCCAUGGCCCAAUAUUACCCAAGACCCGCUUUCGGCCUUGUAUCAUAUCGGGUUUUCGGGUUUGUUGCCUGAAAUUCCGGACUUCUUACCGGACCAAGCCAAGGACUUCUUGUCUAAAUGCUUGAAGAGAGACCCAAAAGAGAGAUGGUCAGUUGCUGAACUUCUUACACACCCUUUUGUUAUUGAUUAUGGGCCAGACUUUGGGCCGAAUAUGGAUACUCCAACAAGCAUAUUGGACCAAGGUAUUUGGGAGACCCUAAACCUGAAGGAAUCUCAAUUAGCCCACGAAAAUGUGGCCCAAGAAGGAUCCACCAAGUCUCAUAUUGAUAGAAUAAAGGAGUUGAUGGUAAAUUCAUCUUGGGAUCAGUUUCCUAAUUGGGAUUGGGAUGAGGAUUGGAUCACAGUGAGAAGCAACAAAAUUAGUGAUGAAGAAAAUGAUAUUUCAAGCAAUAUGGGCCUUUUGUCGGCCCAAAAGGCCCAGCCCAAUAUGACAAGUAAAAGUUCCAUUUUUAUAGAUGGGUUAUGUUUAAGUUUAACCAUUGAGCAUAACCUUCAAUUUGUUAAUGUUGAAUUAUUAAAUUGUUGUAGGAAUACAAUAUGUAAUUGUAUAAAAUGUGAUUUCUUUUGUAAAGGUAUAACCUUAGCUUAUAAAAAUUGUGAAAAUAAUUAUUUGAGCGAUCUCUUGUCAAUCUUUAGUACUAAGAUUUUUAGCAUCUUACAAGAAAACAUUCUUUAG